AUGAAUACCACUCCACAACAAAUCCUCGACAUUAAGGACGCUCUAGUGUCUAACGAGAACCCAGCCCGUGACAAUGGCACUCUCGACUACGAACGCUGCGCCAGACUACACAACUACCUAGUCGCGUAUGGCUGGAUGGCUCGUAACAAAAGAGACACACCCGACCUUGAUGCGCUAGCCAGUGCAAGGUGGUUUUUCAGGGAAUCAGAAGAGGACAUAGCAGCCAUUCGAAACCAGCUCAUUACCCCUCUAAACUCAUUCCUGGAUUUAAUCUACGAUCCUGAACCUGAAUUCUUUUACUGGGUUGACGGUCUUGCGAUGACACCCUGCGACGAGUAUAUCAACGACGACAACGAGAUGGACAAUGAUAAAGAACGAUUUGUUAUAAUUUACGGCACCCACAUGAGUAUGGGAUCACAUUGUAUGGGUGUUAUUUACGACCAACAGCGCAAUCAGGCCUCGUUCCCAAUGACUAUAGAGAAUUUGGAAAGCGUGGAGCCUGUAGAUGAGCAUGAAGAAAUGUGGUUUCCACUAGAGACCAUCCUAACCAACUGGAUAUACAUGAUUCGAAUUGGGAAAAUUGUCGGGGGACUUCCGGAAUAUCUCCCCUCUGGUGAUCGCCCAACAAAUCGAUCGCAAUUCGGCCUAUGGUCAUGGCUGCCUUACUGCGAGUUCCAGGUUAACAACACAGUAGCUGCGAUGGAGCGCUACUCGGCUGCAGUUGAAUCUCGCAUGUCUGCCGGCUCACUUCUGCCGAUUUCCGCGCCUCUCUUUACCGGUGCUGAACUAGAUGCAGCAGGCGUGCCGCAGAAUUGCUUCAUUCGCUCACUCUUAACACGGGUUAAGACUCCGCGUUUCAAGUUUAUCGCGCCUGGGCUGGAGGUUCCGCAUGAUAAGGAAUCGUUUGUGAGACGUCAGAGAUUCACAAAUAUACCCCAUGAAGAGGAUAGUAUUCCAGGGGUCUUGAUAUUUGCAGCUCCAGAUAGGCUGGUGGAUAUUAACGAUGAAAUCCGUAACUUGUUCGCUGUUGCACAUGACUACAAUUUGGAUAUAGAAGGUAACUCUAUUCCAACUGGACUCUACAGUGAACCUGCUUGUCGGAGCGAUUAUGAUGUGGAGGAGGCUGGUUUCCAUAUCGUGCUUCCAUUUGAACUACGGCCCGAACCCUGGCUGGAUGGGGCUCAAAUGAGUGAUGGGAAACAAGUCGCGGCGCGCUCGUUUACGGAACUCUUUCAACAUGGUUCAUUCCAUCCAUUUGGGGGUGAAGGGCGAGCGCAGAGACUUGAUAGUCUGUUUGACCGGUGGACGGUGAUGAUUGAAAGUGGUAUAUGGACAGUGGGCGAAGAUGGCGUGGAGGGAGGAAUCGAUAAAUUCAGAGAAGCAGAUAGAGGUGACGGGACUGAAUAUUCGAUUGCACCAAGCUGGUGA